CAUGCACUAGAAAGUAGAAACAGUUUCCUCACCUACCCCGGAGUGGUGUUUGUGUUCAAGGAAGACAGGCGCAGGCACAGGCACAUCAUGUUAUUGUUAUUGUUGGCUUCUUCACUCAGCAACCACCAAACCACACCGUCGCACCCAUUCCAUCGCUGAUUCCCCCAAUGGCUUCCACUGCCACCAAUUUCUCUCUUUCUCUCUGCGCCAACCAACAAACUCCAAUCCCCAAACCCUCUUUCUUCUCCAAUAACAACCAUUUGCACUUCAACUCUAAUAAUAAUUGGGCCUGGGCCUCUGUUUCCACCUCUCGCAAGUCAAGGAUAUGCGCCACCUCCUCUCAAGUUAUGGAUCCCUCCGCAGCAAAAUCCGAACCCGCUCUUCCCACCAUCGUCGAAGUCGAUUUGGGUAGCCGGAGCUAUCCUAUUUACAUCGGAUCCGGGUUACUAAACCAACCCGACUAUCUCCAGAGGCAUGUGCAUGGAAAGAGAGUCCUAGUUGUAACUAACGAAACCGUUGCGCCACUUUAUCUAGACAAGGUUGUUGAUGCUUUGACAAGGGGAAACCCGAAUGUUUCUGUGGAGAGUGUAAUUUUACCUGAUGGUGAGCAGUACAAGGACAUGGAUACUCUUAUGAAAGUCUUUGACAAGGCCAUCGAGUCGCGGCUCGACCGGCGGUGUACAUUUGUUGCUCUUGGUGGUGGUGUGAUUGGCGACAUGUGUGGCUUUGCUGCCUCUGCCUUCCUACGUGGUGUUAAUUUUAUUCAGAUUCCUACAACUGUGAUGGCACAGGUCGAUUCUUCAGUUGGUGGAAAAACUGGGAUAAAUCACCGCCUUGGGAAGAACAUGAUCGGUACCUUUUACCAACCUCAGUGUGUGCUUAUAGACACAGACACAUUAAAUACGCUACCGGAUAGGGAACUGGCAUCAGGGCUAGCAGAGGUUAUAAAGUAUGGGCUCAUUAGGGAUGCAGAGUUUUUUGAGUGGCAAGAGAAAAAUAUGCACUUAUUAUUGGCAAGAGAUCCUAGUGUAAUGGCAUAUGCUAUAAAGCGAUCUUGUGAAAACAAGGCUGAGGUUGUGUCCUUAGAUGAGAAGGAAAGUGGACUGAGGGCAACAUUGAACUUGGGUCAUACAUUUGGUCAUGCAAUAGAAACUGGGGUAGGCUAUGGGCAGUGGCUUCAUGGAGAGGCUGUUGCAGCUGGCACGGUAAUGGCUGUUGACAUGUCAUAUCGCCUAGGUUGGAUUGAUGAUUCUCUUGUGAAACGAGUUGGAGACAUUUUAAAACAGGCUAAGUUACCCACAGCCCCUCCUGAGACCGUGACUGUGGACAUGUUUAAAUCUGUCAUGGCAGUGGAUAAGAAGGUAGCAGAUGGGUUGCUAAGGCUUAUCCUUCUAAAGGGUCCUCUAGGCAAUUGUGUUUUCACAGGGGAUUAUGACAGAAAGGCUCUAGACAAUACGCUUCGUGCAUUCUGUAAAUCCUGAUCUUUGUGCUCCAUGUUUCUAUUGCAGCUUUAUCCAAUUCCUUUUAGUGAGUUUUUGUAUGUUGUUAUAUAACCUCACUUGUAUUUUUCUUAUGUACUUUGGAUGGCAACCAUGGUUCCCAUUAUAUACGCAAGAGUAUAUUAUUUGAAAUUGAGGCAUGAUCAAUAAUUAUUAUUUGAGCGUAUCAUGUUCUUCUCA